UAGCCUGCGUCUUGUCUUUCUUGUCCAAGUUUAAAAAAACUCGCGACACAAGCAGCAGCUGAGUGUAACAAUGGCCGCCAAUACAGCACCGCCGCAACCAUUACCCGCCUCCAACAAAAAGGCGAAAUUAGCGAGAAAGAGAAAGAGAAGCUAUGAAGACUCAGGACUCGAACGAUUUGACUCGCUCCCUUGGAACUCAUCUCUAACUGAAGACGAUCACUUCUCUGGCUUCAUUAGUUCUCAUGACCUUGAAGGAGGUUUUCUUUCGCUCGAAGAGAUCGAUGAGGCGGAUUACGGUUUAGAAAUUCCUAAACCGGAGAAAGUGAAGCAAGAAAAGAAAUUGAAAUUGAAGAAAAAUAAGCAUGCUGAUGCUGAUGAUAGCAUUGAUGAGAAAAUAGAGGAGGAAGAUACUCGAGAGGACGACAAAAAGAAAAAGAAGAGAAAGAAGAAGAAGAAGAAUAAAACGAAAAAGGCGGAUGAAAUCCAAAAAAUCGAGGAAACUCCAGCUGUUUGCAGUGAUAAGAAUGAUUCUGAUGGAGAGUCUGUUGAUGAGGAUGAAUUUUAUGCAUGGAAUGAGCUGAGACUUCAUCCUUUGCUAAUGAAAUCGAUAUACAAACUCGGGUUCAAGGAACCGACAUUAAUACAAAAGGCUUGUAUUCCUCCUGCAGCUCAUCAAGGAAAGGAUGUUAUUGGUGCUGCGGAGACUGGUUCUGGGAAGACACUUGCUUUUGGUUUACCUAUUUUGCAACGUCUUUUGGAAGAAAGAGAAAAGGCUGCAAAUUAUGUCGACGAAAUGGAAAAUGAAGCUCAAAAGUUUGCUCCAACUGGCCUUCUGCGGGCACUCAUUAUCACGCCAACUAGGGAGCUUGCACUUCAGGUUACAGAUCAUCUGAAGGCAGCAGCUAAGGGUAUUAACAUUAAGAUGAUGACUAUUGUUGGUGGAAUGUCAACGGAGAAACAGGAAAGACUUUUGAAAGGAAGGCCUGAGAUUAUUGUUGGAACUCCUGGUCGUCUUUGGGAACUUAUGUCAGGAGGAGAAAGUCAUCUUAUUGAGUUGCAUUCAUUGUCUUUCUUCGUGCUGGAUGAGGCUGAUAGAAUGAUUGAAAAUGGACAUUUUCGUGAGUUGCAGUCAAUAAUUGACAUGCUGCCCAUGGCCAGUGGCUCUGUAGAUGGGAAAUCUCCAGACACGCAGAAUUGUGUGACUCGCUCAAGCUUGCAAAGAAAGAAAAGGCAAACUUUUGUUUUUUCUGCAACAAUAGCAUUAUCUGCUGAUUUUCGCAAGAAGCUAAAGCGUGGUAUGCUAAAACAAAAGCAAUCAGGUCCUGAAGGAUUGAAUUCCAUAGAAAAUCUCUCUGAACGUGCAGGAAUGAGGCCUAAUGCUGCCAUCAUUGAUUUGACAAAUGCAUCAAUUUUGGCACAUAAGCUUGAGGAAUCUUUUAUUGACUGCCAAGAAGACGACAAAGAUGCAUACCUGUACUACAUAUUGAGUGUUCAUGGACAAGGUCGCACAAUCGUUUUCUGUACAUCAAUUGCAGCUUUGCGCCAUAUUUCUUCCAUAUUGCGAAUUCUUGGCGUAAAUGUUUGCACACUUCAUGCUCAAAUGCAGCAGCGAGCUCGAUUGAAGGCAAUUGACCGUUUCCGUUCAAAUGAACAUUGUAUACUUGUUGCCACUGAUGUUGCUGCUAGAGGACUUGAUAUUCCUGGUGUGCGAACUGUAGUUCAUUAUCAGCUCCCGCAUUCAGCUGAAGUUUAUGUUCACCGAAGUGGAAGAACUGCUAGAGCUUUAACCGAUGGAUGCAGUAUUGCUCUGAUCUCUCCAAGUGAGAGCUCAAAAUUUGUCUCUUUAUGCAAAUCGUUUUCAAAGGAAAGUUUUCAAAGAUUUCCUUUUGAGGAAUCAUACAUGUCUGAGGUGAUGAAGCGAUUAUCUCUGGCACGCCAAAUAGACAAGAUUACGCGAUUAGACUCACAGGAGAAGGCAAAAAAAAGUUGGUUCGAACGAAAUGCAGAAUCGAUCGAGUUAAUUUUAGAGAAGGAUGACAGCGAGGAUGAAAGAGCCAACAGCCAUAAGCAAAAGAAAAUUACCUCCACACAAUUGAACAAGUUACAGCAGGAGCUAAAUACUUUGCUUUCACGUCCGUUACAGCCAAAGUCAUUUUCACAUCGCUAUUUGGCAGGGUCUGGUGUUUCGCCCCUCUUGCAACAUCAACUAGAAGAAUUAGCUAGACAAAAGCUGGGUAACGGUGUAAACUCAAGGGACAAUAAACGAAGGAAGUUGUUGGUUAUUGGUCAGGCUUGUGUGGAGCCUCUGCAGGCACUCCGAAAUGCUGGGCAUGAGGUUCGAAUGGAUGUGAAAGAGAUGGCAGACAAACGAAAAAGUAUCGAAAACUUAAGAAGGAAAAGGAAAGACGAGAAGAAAAGAUUACGAGAUCAACGGAGAAACAAGAAGAAAAUGUUAGCAGGAGGCAAUGAAUAGAAUGGCUUGUUGAAAUAUUCUGGUGAGAGGGAGUCUAAGCAAAUAUGCAGCAAGGUGUUGGCACUGAAAUAUAAGUGGUGAGAUUCAUAAAUGGCUAAGUUGUGGUUUGGUAUAAACUAUAGGGACUUAUCCGAUAUUUUUUUUCCCUAUUGCAAUAUGAGCGGUGGAAUUUCGGAAGUCAGCAUUUGUAUUUAAUUCUCUUUGACAUUUUAUUAGUUGACAAUGAUUCUGAUUA